AUGGGCGGCGCUGAAUUGCUUUAUAUGAUACUUAUUUCCACUGACCAGGUGUUUGCUAGUCCAACAGACGACUAUUACAGAGCAGAUCAAGGACAUGGCUGUGUUCUUAGUUCUGGUUCCAGCCCUACAAAAUUCUCCAGAGAUGGGGACAUUGUAAUAAGUGGGAUCCUCAAAAUUUUCUUCAUAACUGCAAAUCGACAUGCUGACUUUCAGAAUUUUCCUGACCAGAUAAAGUGUGUAGGGCCUACCUUCCAUAACCUGAAAAAUCUACUGGCUUUUAUUUAUGCCAUAGAAGAAAUCAACAGCAACACAGAUCUUUUACCCAAUAUCACACUAGGAUACCACAUCUAUGAUGUUUGUGCCAGUGAAGAGCUGGCAUUGAAGAGCAUGCUCAACUUAUUGUCUAAUAAUGAAAACCCAUCUCCUAAUUUUAUCUGUCACACAAGGAACCUGGUUGCAUUUGUUGGACAUGUGUUAUCAACUAUCACUAACACCGUAGCACAAAUAAGCCAGCUACACAAAUAUCCUCAGAUAAGUUAUGGGGCGCUGGACUCUGUGUUUACCAAUCGCAUUUUGUACCCAUCUGUCUAUGGAACUGUUCCUACUGUAUAUUCUCAGUCUAGAACUAUUGCGCAGUUACUGGCCCACUUUGGAUGGACUUGGGUAGGAAUUGUGGCAGCAAAUGAAGAUAGCUAUUUCCAAGCAAGCGAGGAACUAAUAAAAGAAAUUAAAAGAGUUGAAAUCUGUGUAGAGUUCAAAGCAAUUGUAGCAACGUCAAAAUUAGCACGUGAUCAAACCAUCAUCAACACUAUAGGAUUGAUUGAACGUUCUUCAGCCAGGGUAAUCAUCUUGUAUUUGGGUGCAAACCAAUUCCUGCUUAUACUGUUCAAUGCACCUUCUAAACUCAUAUCAGAAAGACUUUGGAUAGCAUCUGUGACCUUGGAUAUUAUUACCGAUUACAAAUUUAAGCAAGCUCUACGUUCAUUUAAUGGUUCUCUGUUAAUAUCAAUCCCAGAAGGAGAUAUCCCUGGUUUUAGUGACUUUAUACCUCAAUAUAUUGUGACCAACAUCGCAAACAAUAAAUUUAUCCAAUCUUUUUGGGCAUUUAAUUUAGGAUGCACCGAGGAAUUACAAUUAAGUAACAAUAACUGUUCCAAAAAUGAGAUACUGAAAGAGUUUUUAUCACAAAACUUGCCAAGCAGUUACCAUACAUCCCAUGCUAUCUACGUGGCAAUAUAUGCUUUGGCAAAUGCCAUACAUAAUAUGAUUUUAGCUACAGAACUGUUACAGCCUGCCAACUAUGGUCUGAUAAGCACAAUACCAUAUAAGACUCCAACCUCAGUUUGUAGUGAGCCUUGUGCUUCUGGUCACAGAAGAGCUCAUCAGAAGGGAAAACCACCCUGUUGCUAUGACUGUGUUCCAUGCUCUGAUGGGGAAAUACCAAAUUCAACAGACAUGAAGAUUUGUGUCAAAUGCCCUGAAGAUCUAUGGCCUAACCCCAACAGGGAUAAGUGCAUUCAAAGAAUAACAGAGUUCCUAUCCUUUGAAGAUCCCUUAGGGUCAGCAUUGUCUUGUUGUGCUUCCAUCUUUAUUAUUGUUGAAACUAUUUUGUUCACCUUUAUAAAACACAGAAACACUCCUAUCGCCAGAGCCAAUAAUCUUAAAAUCAGUUACAUAUUACUUGUGUCUCUCAAGUUAUCCUUCCUUUGCACUUUCCUGUUUAUAGGGCGCCCUACUCAGUGGACUUGCCUUCUGAGACAAGCCAUGUUUGUCUUUAUCUAUUCUGUUUCCAUUUCUUCAGUUUUGGCUAAAACCAUAACAAUAUUACUUGCUUUUAAAGCCACAAAACCUGAGAACAAGUUUCGGAGUUUGGUAGGUGCCAGGCUAUCAUUUGUAUUGGUGUUUCUAUGUUCUCUUGGUGAACUUGUAAUAUGUGCUACGUGGUUGUUAUAUGCCCCGCCAUUUGUAGACACUGAUAGCAAAUCUUUACCAGGAAUUAUAAUCCUACAGUGUAACGAGGGCUCACUUACAUGUUUCUAUCUUGCAAUUUUUUACAUUGGCACGUUAGCUUCUUUUUGUUUCAUUGUGGCCUUUAUUGCACGGAAAUUACCAGACCGUUUCAAUGAGGCUCAGCACAUCACCUUCAGCAUGCUGGUGUUCUGCAGUGUCUGGGUCUCCUUCAUCCCAACAUACCUGAGCACCAAAGGCAACACGGUGGCUGUUGAGAUUUUUGCCAUCCUGGCUUCAAAUGCAGGUUUGUUGACUUGUAUAUUUGCACCAAAAUGUUACAUUAUUCUCCUGAAACCUCAACUUAACACCAAAGCAAAACUUUUUGUUAAAAUUAAACCAAGCAAAUAA